AAAAGAGUCAUUAUUUGCCAGUUGAGUUGACUCUGGUUUGAGUGGUAGAGGUAUUGGCUUAAUACCUAUGGCUUUGCCUUUUAAUGCGUUGAGCAUGUCUUGAUUUUGUGUGUUACUUGAUUGUUAGUGAUGAUUUUAGUUCUCGUGUGGUAGCAGUUUCGGAAGCACUGAUAGCUGGCUGAUGUAGGGGUUAACGGUUUUGGUUUUUUUCAUCUCUUCGCUAAUAAAUUAUGGUUGGUGAUGUUGUCGCAGUUACUAAUCCUAUAUCAAUUUUAAAACUUUCCUAUGCAGUGGUUAAUUGGCAGCGUUAAAGGUGGUAAUGUGCCAGAACGUGAUGAUCUGCACGCGAGUGGCUUGAAUUUAAUGCGUAACAGUGGCGGUGAUUAUUGGGAAAUAUGUGUUUCGGGAUUUUUGUUGUAGUAGCAUAGCUAGCUUAUUUGUGUACUUUGGCAGCUGUUCCACAUUGAAAUCUUAUAGCAGACGCUAAUGUCCAGUUUUAUCUUCUUUUUUAGCAUCGAUAAACAAUUCAGACGUAUUUAAGAUCAUCCUGGAAAAGUUAGUAUUAUGGCUAUGGCUAUUUCACCAUUUGCGUCUACGAAAGAGACUACUAACUAUGCAAGGUUAUGCCGCCUCCUGGUGGAUGUUGGAUCUCAGGUGCUUCGGUCCACUUUUGACACAAUACAUCCACCAGCGACUCUACAUACAGUUUUGGGAAGUACCUCAGUGCAUUACGCUACAUUGCAAUCACUGUACAGAGGAAGGAGGAAAGUGCUGAAUCCCACGCAAUGGGGAAAGUUGUACCCUACUCACGCACCUGUGUCUUCUGCAGCCUUCGAUAUCACACUUCUGACGGUGCUUCUUAGAAAUAUCUGUGGUUUGGGCCCUCCUGCCAAUGGAUGGGAUCGUCUUCCCCUAGCUACAAACAUAAGCAUCGCAGAUGACAUCGCCAGAGUCAAGUAUUACAGGAACACUGUAUACGGCCAUGCUUCUCAAGCCUCUGUGGAUGACAGCAGUUUCAGUGCUUACUGGCACAAAAUACGAGAACCUUUGGUGAGACUGGGAGGAGCUCAUUUUAGAGCUGAUAUCGACAAUCUUGAGCACGACUGCAUGGAUCCAGAUAGCGAGGAGCAUUAUCGUGAACUGAUGAAACAAUGGAAGAAAGACGACGACAGCAUCAAAGACAAGCUUGAAGAAAUUGAAGGUAAGAAAAGCAUUGUCCACUGCCAAUGUGGAUGA